CACUGCUGCCUCAUUGAACCCCACUACACCACACUCCUGCAUUACUACGCACCGUUGAGCUAUCUCUGAGGCUCUUUAAAGACAGCACUACACUUCGUCUACACGUACACAUAGACACGAUGUCAGACGCAGACGGCGACUCCCAGAUGCACAGUUCCCCCGAAGUCGACGUCGACGAUGACGAGAUGUUCCCCGACGAAGCAGACGGGCCCAGCACGCCCACAAGACCCACGUCCGGUUCCCAACUCCCAGCCUCCGAGCUGUCCCCGCCGAACUCGCAGGGCCCAUCGAACCUAGGCGGCCGGGAGGACCUGCUCUCCACCUUCAACCACAGCCCCUCGACUCUGAACGAGAACGGGAAGCGUGUGCUGAACGCGACACCAGCCUCUGGAAUGCCCAAGUUUGCGGCGACGGGAUCGGGGGAGCAUCAGCACAAGCCCUCGGGCUAUACGUGGGACAAGGCUGAGGACGAGCCGGGCUACGCGUGGCUGAACAAGAGGGCGAUGGAGGAAUACUAUCGUGCCUCGGAGCAGAUAGUAGACAAGAAUGCGAUGAUUAGGAACAAGUACGGCGAUCCACUCGACACGAAGAGCUCGGCGAGAAAGGGAGGAUCAUAGUCUAUUCUCAUCUAUGCUGGAGCUCGAUUUCUUGAAGGCGUUUAGGCGGCAUUGGGGGUCUGAGCAACCAAGGGGGGUUUAUACGAUUCCACGAUCAGAGUUCUAUCUGACAUUUGCGAAUGCGUUGAUCUCAGAACUCUUAGCAUGGAUGUGGACUGUAGGUGCGAGGUUCUGGCUGGGAGUCCGGAGAAGAAUAGUCUUGGUCAAGCGCUGAUAUGGCUGUGCUCCGUCCACACUCGCUAGCCUCAAAAUGACGAAUAUUCGGGCUGAUUGUUCUGUGCUAUUAUCUACAAAUAUAAAUGCUCAACUUCUUGUCAUCCGAUUAAGUAUUUAAAGUGAGAUAUUCAAGACUUGCGCAUUCGCAAACAUCACGGUGUAGAGACAAGUUUAUGAAGAGGUA